UGUACUAAAGAAACUUAAUGGUCACACGCAUGGAGAAUAUUCUCCAUGGUCACACGUGUAAGAUUUGUUUUUAAUUUCACGUUAACCAUUUAUUAAAAGUAAUUUUAAUUGUAAGUUUAUGUAUAAUAACAAUUUUGAUGAAUAAAACAGAUCCAUGUAAAAAAUAUGCAUGUCAAUUACAAACUUGUUUAAAAGAUAACGUUUAUCAACCUUCUCGAUGUACAUCAGUCAUCGAAAAUCUUCGUCAGUGUUGUCGAAAACAUUUUGAACAUUCGUUAGUUUGCGAGGGUAUUGAUAUUUCUCAACCGUAUGAACAUAAAACGAUUGAUUAUAAACAAGCCAUCAAGAAAUAAUGAACCGCAAUCGACAAUGUUUUGAUGAACGACUAUUAAAACAGAGACCAUUUUAUCAAAGAUAUCCUAGAUUAAUAACUGGUCUUGGAACUAUUAUUAUGAUGGGAAUAUCAUUUAGUGGUUCUAUAUAUACGAUUUGGUUUGUACCACAUGAAGAAUUAGAUGCCCAAAGUGAAGCAAAGAGACUUUAUGAAUUAAGAUUGUUACCUUCACAACAAAGAUAAACUGAAAUGAAUGGUAAUUUAUAAUGAA